GCGAAAUGGAGAUAGGAGCUCCCCAUGAAGGCAGUCCUCCGUGUUUGAGGAAUUUAUUGCCAAGUCCAGCACAAAUAUCGACAAACGAAGCGAGCAACGUCGACAGAUGCCGGCUGGACGAGACCACAGCAGCCGACGUAUGAAAUGCAGCACCCGGUAUGAUGAUCAGUAAUCACCAAGAAGAUGAGUUUGUUGCGGUGCGGGUCCAAGAUCCCCGCGUCCAGAACGAAGGCUCCUGGAACUCGUAUGUGGAUUAUAAAAUAUUCCUGCAUACCAACAGUAAAGCCUUCACAGCCAAGACGUCCUGCGUGCGGCGACGAUACAGCGAGUUUGUGUGGCUCAAGAAGAAGCUGCAGAAGAACGCCGGUCUGGUACCCGUCCCAGAGCUUCCAGGGAAAUCCUUGUUCUAUUUCAACAAUGAGGACUUUCUGGAGAGGAGAAGGAAAGGACUUCAGCUUUUCUUGGACAAAGUGGUGCACAUGACAGUCUGUCUGUCAGACAGCCAGCUCCACCUCUUCCUACAGACCCAGCUGCCAGUCGGUCACAUCCAGGACUGUGUCCAAGGCCACACCCCCUACUCCGUGACAGACGCCAUCCUCACGUACGCCUCGUCCAAUCAGGGGCUGGCUCAGGCGCAAGAGGAUGAUUUGAUCAAGGACCCAUGUUUGACCGUUUCUUAUGAGUCCAUGGAAAGCCCGGCUCCUCGUCAACCUCACCAACAAUCUGAGAGCUUCAGUCCAGAGCUUUUGUCGUGUGGUGACCCUAACCCUCUACGAGGUGUACAGGAUCAGGACUCAGAUGAAGUACUACAAGGGGAGAAAUCUUCAGUAAGGAUUUCCCAGAAGAGCAACCAUCUCGAGGUGGUUCUUGAGGACAGCUGUCGGCCGGAGGCAACCUUUUAUCUCGGCGACAGUUCAGAGAGUGUCAGCUCUGCUGAACAGGUCCAGCAGAGGAUCCAGACGCCGGUGGAGGUGCACUCGUCCGCAGGGAGCGGCUUUGAGGACAGCGUGUCUGAGGGGGAGGUUGUUUUACCUCCAGGUGAUGAAGAAAAGUUGGAGCAGCGGGACAGUAAUGAGGCGGAUGAAAGAAAAAUUAACUCUGAGCCUGAAAAAUGUGACAAUUCUGUAGAGAUUUUAGAUUUUAAGGAAAAUUACUGCAAAGAACAAGUUUUAGAAAAUGAUGCCAGAUGUCAGGAAGCUGUGGAAGAUGUCUGUACUGAGAAUCCCGUCAUCUCUGAGGGUGUUCUAGAUGUCAGAGCUGAUGAACAAACAGAGCCAGGUGACCAAAAAGGUGACGAAUCAGGACGUAGAGAGGAGACGGCGCUCGAGUCAGAAAUCCAUGACGAGGCCCUCGAGGUGAACAGCGUGCCCGCGGUGGAAAAUGAUGGUGACGAUGCUGAAGGAAAACAGGAAGUGGAUUUUGCUGCCACCAGAGACGAAAGUGAUGAGGGCAGCAAGGAAAGCUGUUCACUGCCAUCUUCCGAUGAGAGCAUCGUGAAGGUCAGCGAUGAGGAGGCAGAUGACCCGAUCCAGGUUGCAGACAGCUUUGCGAAGAUGUCUCCUGAGGAUGACACUCGUUGGGCAGAGGUGGAGGCCUCCAGCAGGAGCACCACGGUGGCCGAACAGCACCUUUCUGCCCAGGAGGAUGAGGACCUGCAAUACAUCCUCAGUAGCCCGAGUAAAUCUGCAGACCUUAGUUCUGCUGCAACUUCAGGAGAUAUGACUGAAAAUGGAGACUUUAGUAUCUUAGCAACCAGCCACGUGCCCGGAUUGGCUGAUAAUGAAUGUGUCGGGCAGGAAGCCCCACCCUCACCUUCAGAGGAGACUCAGGAGGUGGAGGCGCAUUAGUUAGGAGUCUUCUUCUUAACAGGAACGCAUUCACUCACACACGUUCUGUUACAAAACUCAUCACACACAGAAUCUUCACAUCGUCGGUGAUCCAGUCUGUUCUCGUCAGCACAGCCUCACGCUGUCAGUCAUCGGGUAGAACAAUUUCAAAAUGGCAUGAAUCUAAUAUUAGACUUUGUGUGUUAUAUACUAGCUCUGAGUUCCCUCCUCUGACAGCAGAAGGCACCCGAGUCCACAGACAGGCUGACAUGGAUAUUCUGAGGCCGAGUCUUUCGGUUAAGAAAUCUGGGGGAUGAAUUUUGGCAGGAAUAUGCACUUGAAUUAAAGGAUAAGUUCACAUUCCUUCAUGUCUGUAUUAAAACUCAGUGGAAUUUGUGGCUGCUGGUCAUGCUGACCAUCAAGGCACACUUUCCUGGUGUAACUGAAGAAACAAACAGCCCGAAACAUAAAGCCAGGGUUUUAAUGACACCACACUGGGUUUGACUAAGUGGGGUUAAAUGUACUUAAACAAAAACAAGUUACAAGUUUAUCAAACUGCUUGAAAGAAACAGAAAAAUGCAAAGACGUCUGUUAACGCAGACUCUUUGCCUUAACUUUGUGCCCCCAGAGGCCCAUUUUAAGCCUGGGAAAACCACGGAAGUCAAGUGGCACACGUGUCAGUUAAAUCACACUGUGGAAGGGAUCUCUAAAUGCCCAGUAGGGACAUUAGGAACAGUUAAAGCAAUUAAAACUAAUCAAAUUUUUUUUUUCUUCAAAAAAAAUCUGAGACUACUGGGGCACUUUUUUUUUUUUUUUUUUUGUUAAGGUAGACCUGGAACAAUGUGAACUUAUCUCUAAAGCUCCUCCUCACGUUUGGAGCCUGAAAUGAGAGCGAGCUGGUCUUAAAUGUGGGACACAUGCUGUUAAAUAGUUCUGUUAUUUCUUAACAGCUUUUAUUGUGCUGAUCACUAACAGGAAAAUACUCAGACUGAGCUCAAGCAUACGUGUAGUUUAACUCUCUGUACACACUUCUCUGAUCAUUCAGGCCAGCAGCGUUAAACUGGUAUUUAUUAAUGAAGGAUGAGAGAGGGAAUCGAACCUGUGCAGUAUACUCACACUCUUUCUGGGCCUCUGAUCUGUCAUCACGUGAUUAUUGCAUGUGUUCAUCCAAACACUCGGAAGUAGAAAUGGAUGUUUUGCACCUUUAUGGCCACAUCAUGGUUUUAUACACACUAGGAAGUUUUUACUUUAUAAACUCAUUUAUUCAGAAUGACACAGAUUAUUUUAAGAUUAGUUUACACUUUCUCACAUGUGUGAGUAUGAACUCCAGCAGGCCUUUUCCACAGCAGACAUCCAUAAAGCACAGGUGGACCCCCAGAGUAUCACUGCCCCCUCGCUGUGCACUCAGAAAGCAGCAGAGUUUUGCAGUUUAAACAACUUUUUUUAUUUUGGGGAGGCAGACGUCCUAAAUCUCAAUGAACAAAGACUCAAACUAAAGACAUUUCUUCCAUAUUCAGCAUCAGUAUCAUUUCACUUAGUCUGUUUUUUUUUUUUUUUUGUUAAACAUUUGUUUCCACACCUGGUUUUAGUUUAGUGAACUUUAAUAACUUUGGGUUAUGCACUCAGGAAAAUGAACGCUGUAUAAUUAAUAUUUAUCACCAAGGUUAUUAUAGUUUAAAAGCUCAAAGUCCACAUUUUAUUUUACUUAACCUUAUUUUAAAAAUCUGUUUUACACUGGAAAUAAAUAUUUUUAGUUUUAGUCUUGGUCAGUUUGAAUACUUUAUGCAAACAUGUUUUCUACUUAAAUCCUGACGAAUCUGAAACUCGUUAAAAAGGAAAAAAAAUGAUACAAAUAAAACAGCAAACUGAACAUUUUUAAAUAGUUUAAGCUAAACAGUCAUAUCCAGGUGCGAUGGCGACCUCGUCCUCGGGUGUCGUGAUGAGUUCAGAAUGUCUGCUGUGGAAAUUUUGGUCUUCUUGUUUUCGGUUUGAGGGCGUCGGCGUUCCCGCUGCUGCUCCUAAUGAAUUCAGCUGCAAUUAAAAAGGGACCUGAAGGGUUUUUCUGCUGUUUCACACAGAAAUCAGACUUUUACACUUUAUUUUAAAGUUGUUUGCAUUGAAACUGUGGGAUCUACUGUGUGGAUGGAUUUUAAUGUACUGCUGGGUUUCUUUCUGGAAAUAACUACAGAUGUUUACACUGAGUUUAUUUUAGAGAUGUCAGAGGGUACCAAGCUAAUCCAUGUACAUGUGCACAUUAUUUUAUUUCAAUAAAACUUUCUCCUCUUUA